GCCUUUAUUGGGCCACCAUGAAAGCCGGACGUUGUUUAUGCCUCUUUUGGAUAAAGGACUACAACUCCCAUCUGCAUGACGUCACAUCCGCCAAACGCUAACUUCCGGAAAAGAAAGCGAAAGGUUAAGAAACACGAAAAGUCACUGCGCACAGGUUUGAUCACCGGCCGACCACCAUGAUCGACGUCAGAGCAUGGGCAGAUUACGUGGUGGAGUGGGCUGCCAAAGACCCCUACGGCUUCCUGACCACCGUCAUCCUGGCCCUCACGCCCCUUUUCAUCGCCAGCGCCGUGUUGUCGUGGAAACUGGCCAAGAUGAUCGAGGCGAGGGACAAGGAGCAGAAGAGGAAGCAGAGGCGCCAGGAGAACCUGGCUAAGGUGAAGAGGAACUAGAAGGACUUUGUUGUGCUGUUAUGUAACAGGGAAAGUGGGGGCCAUCAUGUGACCCAGUAGUCCCCGCCUAUGCCUUACCACCCGCACAGACCCUCUAACUCUGUGCAAGGAGCAGGAACACUGGACCAACGUCCCACACGUGCUGAACGAGAUGGACGUUCCACGCUUAGAGGAAGCUCGUCCAUGUUGGACUUACAUUUUUGUACACAGCUGUUGCUGCACAUUGCAUUCCAAUAACACCUCUGUUCCAUUCAAUUAAUUAAUGACUUCUCUCUAUAACUAUUUCAUUUUUUAACAAUAAAGCGUUCACGGAUCAUUUUAAAA